AUGGUCGACGUGCCAAACUCGUGCCCUAACAGCAAAGACAUCGCCGUACCGAUCUUCGGUGCCCUGAACGUCAAAACCCCCAAUGUCGGGCCCAACACCACAACCCUCGACUUCAGCUACGCGUACGCCACCAGCACCACCAUGCCCGAGGCCAUGGAGCAGAAUAUAGAGCAGACGAUGAGCCUGGUCCUGAUCAAUCAGCAGAACGUGCCAGUUGUGGAGCCGCUGCAGGACGUGCGUAUAGAGGGCUCUCAGGUGGACUUCUCAGUCGGUUUUCCGUACCAGGAGUAUGAACUUAAUGGGUUGACAAUAGCGGCCGUCGUGCAUGGGAGUGGACCGUUUGCUAAUGCUAGCGACGUCGCCAUGUCGACUGUUUUUGGGCCGGCAUUGAUUGAGAUUAAUUAG